AUGUCAGAGAAGUUAACAGAGUUCGCCGAGAUCCCUCAGCAGUUCAUCAAAGAAGGUACACAGUUUGUGAAUAGAUGUACGAAACCAUCGAAAGAAGAGUACAUCCAACUUUGUCGAGCUGUCGCUGUAGGAUUCGUCGUCAUGGGUUUCAUUGGUUAUUUCGUCAAACUCAUCCAUAUCCCUAUUAACAAUAUCUUAGUGGGAGGUGCAUAA